UCUCUCUCUCUGCAGGACAUCUUCAAUGCUGUGAUCAAACAGAACCCUUUCCUGGUUCACCAGCUGCCCUGCUUCUGGAACGUCCAGCUGUCCGACCACACCCGCUCUGAGAAAUGCUACAAAGACGUGUCAGACCUCAAGGUGAUCCACUGGAAUUCUCCCAAGAAGCUGCGAGUAAAGAACAAGCAUGUGGAGUUUUUUCGGAAUCUCUAUCUUACCUUUCUGGAGUAUGAUGGCAACCUGCUGCGACGAGAGCUGUUUGGAUGUCCCAGCGAGGCUGACCACAACAGUGAGAACCUUCAGAAGACUCUGUCAGAGCUGGAUGAAGAUGAUCCUUGCUACGAGUUCCGUCGAGAACGAUUCACCGUCCACCGAACGCACCUCUACUUCCUCCACUAUGAGUAUGAGCCCAGCUCUGACAACACUGACGUCACUCUAGUUGCCCAGCUCUCUAUGGACAGGCUCCAGAUGUUGGAGGCUAUAUGUAAACACUGGGAAGGUCCAAUCAGCCUGGCCCUGUAUCUGUCCGACGCUGAAGCCCAGCAGUUUCUGCGCUAUGCACAGGGCUCCGAGGUGCUGAUGAGCCGCGGGAACGUCGGUUACCACAUCGUCUACAAAGAGGGACAGUUCUAUCCAGUCAACCUGCUGCGUAAUGUGGCCAUGCGGCAGGUCAACACACCUUACAUGUUCCUAUCAGACAUCGACUUCCUGCCCAUGUAUGGCCUGUAUGAGUACCUCAGGAAGUCAGUGGUGCUGCUGGAUAUGGCCAACGCCAAGAAAGCUUUGGUAGUACCAGCCUUUGAGACGCUGCGAUAUCGUCUUUCGUACCCAAAGUCCAAGGCUGAGCUGCUCUCUCAGCUGGACAUGGGCACACUCUUCACUUUCAGGUACCAUGUGUGGACUAAAGGCCACGCACCAACUAACUUUGCCAAAUGGCGGACCGCCACCACACCCUACAAGGUGCAGUGGGAAGCCGACUUCGAGCCCUAUGUCAUGGUGAGGAGGGACAGUCCUGAGUAUGACCGCCGCUUUGUGGGCUUCGGCUGGAACAAGGUGGCUCACAUCAUGGAGCUGGAUGCACAGGAGUAUGAGUUUGUGGUUCUGCCCAACGCUUACAUGAUCCACAUGCCUCAUGCGCCCAGCUUCGACAUCACCAAGUUCCGCUCCAACAAGCAGUACCGGGUCUGCCUCAAGACCCUAAAGGAGGAGUUCCAGCAGAACAUGUCGCGGCGCUAUGGCUUUGCCGCCCUAAAAUACAUGACGGCUGAGAACAACAGCUAGCCACCACUGCAGACCCUCACACCCCCGGCCCUGAACUACUGACACAUUGCAUGGG